UUUUAGUUCAUCUUUGGACACAAUUCCAUCAGCUUAAGGUAUGUUCUUGUUUCCGAUGAAUUGUUUGUGUCAACAAAAUAUUACAAGACACUCGAUUAUCAUAAUAUAAUUACACAGUGGAGGCAGCUGGAGGCGCCAGGCUGCAAGGUGAAGGAUGCUUCUCGCUCUUGACGGCCCUCUCUCACCACUCCCACCUCUCAGCGUCCCCCGCCCUCUUCUCCUGCCCUCUCACUCAAGCACCUCUCAGUCGGCUCCCUGUCAUACAAGCGCCUCUCCGACAGACCCCUGUCAUACGGACACCUAUCUGACGGAUCCCUGUUAUAUAAACACCUCUCCGUCGGGCCCCUGUCAUACAAGCUCUUCUCCGACGGAGCCUUUUCAGUCAGGCACCUUUCUGUCCGGUCCCUCUCAUACAAGCGUCUCCCCGACGGACCCCUGUCAUAGAGGAAUCACUCUGUCAGAUCCCUGUCUUAGAAACACCUCGUCGGACCCCUUUCAUCAUACCAGUACCUCUUCGGCGGACCCCUCUCACAUAAACAACAAGAGCUGGUGUGACUGUGCUUGCGACAGUGGCACGUCGUCUGACCCUCUCGGACACACCUGUCACUUGCGCCUCUCACCAGCACCGCUCAGUCGCCACUCACACGGAAUCCUCUCCCUCAUAUUCUCUCACAAGCGCCUCUUGCCUUGUCUCUCUCAUAAUUAUUUCUCCUUCAGGCCUCUUCCUUUCACCACUCCUCUCCGUUAAUGAUAUAAUCAGGCUUAUUCAAACAUCGCUUGCGCAAACCUAUAUUUAAGAGAGAGAGACAGAGAGAGAGAGAGAGAGAGAGACAGACAGACAGAGAGAGAGACUGAGAGAGAGAGAAUCAAAGAAGAUACUGAUCAGGAGUGGACACGACCGCCGUGUUGAUGGAUGGAGGAGCUAACAGAAGGACUGGUCGUCUGGACAAACACCGCUGUGCUGGCGAAGACACAACCUCAAAAAACCUGGUCGAUCUCUGGACGCCGACGAUGAUGAAGGGGUUUGAGGAAUCAGCUAUCGUUGAACAGAUACAAGACUUUCAUCUGUAAGACAACUUGCGGGGGACGCAAAUAUAUGAGAUAAAGCUGUAAGCAUAGCUUAUAGUUAUCGUGGUAGAAAUGUAGCUCUUAUUCUUAUAUAUGAUAUCGUUAAUAAAGACAAUGAUAUCUUGGUUAUAUAUGUAUUUGCUUGAUUUUGUGCAGUGUAUGAAGAUAAUAGAAAAUAUUAUAGCAGUGAAUAAUUAAAUGCUCGAAUCAGUAUGGCUAUUUCAGUAAUAUUAGUUUAAAAUAAUGAGUAAAUGAUUAUAACCCAAAGAAGUGAUAUGUACGUAAUUAUAUACAAUUGUAAAUUUAAUGGAAAGCAAAAGUACGGUUUCGGAAUUUGCCAAACAAUAUAUUUCCUAAAUCAAAUUGAGACUCUAAGAAAUACAAGUCACUGAAGUGUCCUAAAAGAAAUCAAUUAAACAAAUUAGCAAACACAAUACUUUUGACAAUAGAAGUCAAAUCAAAACAAUAGCAAAGAUGAGACAUACGACUACUGAUGAGAAACGUCAACAGUGGUGUGGAGAAAACAUUACAGAAUCACAAUGAUAAAACUUCAACAAUGUAAAUCAUUCUUAAAACCCUUAAAAUCAGCUGACAAUUGCCUGUAAAAAAAUGUGUUUACUUGGAAUACAUAUGUCGUGAUUCGUUGACAGGUGUGGUGAUUCACGAACACAUGUGUGAUGAUUCACUAGAUUAAGUGUGAACUCAAACUUACAACUUGCGAAUCACGCGUGUUAGUGCACAGUCGCGUGUGUUUAAGCUCAGUAAAAUAGUGAUACUCGAAGACCAAACUAUUUUAACAGCAAACCCAAGGAAAAGACAUUGCCUUAGUACGCUCUCUCAAGAACUCUACACACACUCCAGUGUCAAACAUCUGUAACAACAGAGUCAAGCAAGUGUCAGGUGUCAAGAUGGUGGCAGUUCAAGUCCUCCUCAUGAACUACUUUCUCCUGGGUCUCCAUAACGGCAAACAUCUCUCAAAUGACGUCCUCUUACCAGAGACGGUGCUGGAGACGGGGUGUCCGUACGGGUGCUCACAGUGCACGCCCAUCAACGGGUGUCUGGCGUGCAAGCCGCCCUACUUCCUCUUGCUGCACCGAGAGGGCGCCAGGCAGACGGCCUCCUGCGCCCGCGUCUGUCCCGUUGGCUUCUACAAGUUCAAGAGGAACAAGAAGAGAGGAUUCUGUGCUAAGUGCAUGUUGCGUGGUUGCAGCGAGUGUUCAACAAGACACUACUGCUCCGUCUGCAAGACCGGCUUGGUGAGGCACGCUGGCCGCUGCCGCAAGCGCUGUCCACCAGGGACCUUGCUCGGCCCUCGCUCCCAGGGGCUCUGUCUCUCUACGCCCACCCCUGCGCCAGACUUGGCGGAGAAUGAGAUAGUGGUGGGGAACACAACCUGGCCGCGGGUGGCCACACCGACGCCUCCCUCACCCAACGCCACCACCACCCUCAAGCCGCCCAGGAAGAAGAGAAAGAGGAAACGCGAGAAGGAGAAGAACAAGAAGAAGGAGAGACACAGGAGAAGGAAGCACAAGGAGGCGCGCUUGAGAAACAGACGACGCAAAGACAGGAGAAGACGCAGAUUCCGGAGAAUUAAGGAGAGGACGAAGCCCACUAAUACAUCGACACUCGCUCCAGGGAGAUGAGAUUGUCUGAGUCUAAACAAAUCUUAAACUUCUAUUCAGAAUCGAACACUCUCCUGUUCGAUUUCGUUCUUAGGCCGUUCGCGUAGCACCGGAACUAGGCAGCUUCGUUAAUAACGACCUUUGGUUAAUUGACGCAAAUUAUCCAAGUAGUUAAGAGAGAGACAGGUGAUUGUUAGCGUCAGCAGGGCUUACACUGCUUUGUGUUCGCUAUCUCUGUAAUAUACACCACCUUUGUAACUAAUUUAUUUUGUUCUGACGUUCCUAAUAUUGUAUGUAUUUGUUGGGCCAUAAUUGAUUUAUUAAUUUCUCUGUUUCUUUGCCAUUUGUAUAAGCUUAAUAUAUAUA